AUGGCGAAUUCCAACGUUCCGCUAAACCCUACGUUCGUAGGACACGUCGCAUCUACCUUGGACGCUUUGGUGCUAUUCGAAGCGUGUCUCAGCAGUGCUUUGCAGCACGUUCCCCGAAGGCCUCACGACCGUGAGAGACAGGACCUCAUCAAAAGCGGAAAUGUCUUCAUUUACGAGGAGCACUCGUCCGGCAUCAAGCGCUGGACCGACGGCGUUGCUUGGAGCCCCAGUCGCAUCCUAGGCAAUUUCUUGAUUUACCGCGAGCUCGACAGGCCUUUCCCCCCCGGCGAAAAAAAGCGUGCCAUGAAGAGGAACAAAAAGACGACCGGAGUUACCAAACCCAGUGAUGUGGCCUCACGACAAGGAAGUGUUAACGGGGCUGCUGCCAACAUGCCUGGUAUGGGUGAUGGUUCAACCCCGACGAAAGACGCCGAGAGGGCGUUGAUCGGUUCAUUGGUUGACUCGUAUCCUUUCAAAGAGAACGGGCUGGUGAAGAAAACCAUCAGCGUCACCUACCAGGGCGUUCCACAUCACCUGGUUUCCUACUACAACGUGGAAGAUGUGACCGAGGGCAAGCUUCUGACGCCAUCUAAAGACCACCAAUUGUCGACCAUCAUCCCUCGAGGCGAACUGAUCAUGUCUCAAAAUUUCAGGGCACCUAUCGACGAGGUAGAAAUGGAUGACUCGAGAGCACCUCACGGCGGUGGUCUUUUCGCCCAUCCGUAUCCCGUCAAUAGUCACCACCAGAGCAUGUCGCGCACCAUGUCCGUCCCUUCCCUUCACCACAUGGGUGGCAUGGGUACCCAAUUUGGACAAGCAUCCUACAUGCCACAGUAUUUGAGUGCGGUGCCUGGGUCUGUAGGCAACGUUGGCUACGCGCAACCACAACACCACCCGUACUACGACAACAUGGGCCGACCAAAUAGAUAUGCCUCUGGCGCAGGUUUGGGCCCCGACUUAUCACGGACAAUAGCCUUGGAACCUCAGCAUCACCCCCGUCGUCAUUCCACGGCAUACGAGGCCACAUCAGGGCCGGACAUGAGCCUGACGGGUAGCUUGCCUGCUGUGCCCGAUCCGGCAAGAUCCAUGGGGGGUAAUUAUAUGUCCAGCAUGCUCUACUCGCAGCAGCCACAGCGGGUUACCGAUAUGACAUCACACGAGGCUUUCCCUGCUCAGUCUCCAAGAAACGUACACUCCGAAUCCGGCUUGGGCGGCGACAGGUCUGCACCAAACAUCACCUUCGACGGGAUUUCUCGGGAUUGGAACUCAUUCGACCAACUGGAGGAUGAUCAAAAUCAAUACAUGUCUCAAGGAAACUCUGCGUGGCCAAGCGGGAGCAACGCCAUGAAUAGGACUUGA